AUGUCCUCGCAGAACGACAGCAAUCCCCGCCAGACGCUACACAGCUCACGCUCGUUCUCUCGUAUGGCCGAUUCAGAAGAGCCCUUGRGCCCAUCUCAGCGGAAGCGAGCUAGUACGCUACAAGAGUCGGGAAUCCCAGCGGUACCAGCAGCGACACCACGGAAUGAAGCAGGGACAGCAGACGUCUUCGAGAGCCACGAGGAUGAAGAUCAUGUUGAAGAAGCGGCACCUGAGCUGAAGGUCCCAAGCACAUUCGAUGAAUUGCCUGUUGAGAUCAAACUCGCGGCCGAACGAUUUCUAGAAAGAUUAAGUGCUAAAGUGCAUCCAACGCCCUUCACCGCCGAUGGUCUAUCAGACCUGUUUCAGGACUUCUACGAGCGGGCUGCGGGGCACAUAUCAACUCAUAUCGCAACGCUGUCAACGAGAAUCGGACGAGAGACGCCACCCGCGAGUUCCAAGAGCUCUGUGAAGAGUGCGAGGUCACGAGCGGGCUCGGGGAAUAAGAGCGGUUCAAAUGACGGUGGUUCGGGCGGUGAAAUGCUCACGGCAUCUGAAGUUUCGGAUCGAAAGAAGGCAAGGAGGUUAUUGGAGGUUAAGCGAUUGGCAUUGGAAGAAGCAGUGGAAAGGGGCGUCUGCGAGAAAGUAUACGAAAAGAUAUGGAAGCACCGCAGCACUGAUGACGACGCAAGAGAUGAGAAGCUACGAUCUAGAACGGCGGCACUGGCACUGGUUGGUAUUGGGCUAAAGGAGMUCCAUAUGGAUCCCGAUCCAGAAAAGGUCGACGUGAGGAAGACGGCCGAGGAGAAGGAGCAGGAGAUCUAUGAAAGUCUGUCAUCGGCCAGGGACGCUUUGCAGCGCAUGGAUGAUGAGCACUAUCCUCUGGGUAAGCUGCAGCACCUCACUGCAGCCCACAAGAGUAUCGUGGAGACGCUGUCUCAGCUGUUUCCCAAGACCUCAUCUGCGGAUGAGAUCCUGCCCACUCUGAUUUACACACUCAUAACAUCCCCACCCGAAGGCAUCAACGUUGUCAGCAAUCUCAACUUUAUACAGCGAUUCCGUUCAUCAAACAGAUUGGAUGGCGAGGCCGCUUACUGUCUCGUCAAUCUCGAAGCUGCCAUCUCUUUCCUGGAAACUGUCGAUCUCUCAUCCCUACGCGCAGACGAACUCCCUGAAGGUCCACCAAAGUCGCAAAGUAGGCCUACUACACCAACAGCAGCUAAAGCCCAUGCAUCCUCGCCACCAAUGCCAACUGUCAGUCGGACUCUCACGCCCGGUCUGUCUCCCGUGACAGCUACAUCUGCAACCAGUGAUCAAGGCACUCCCGCCGCGAAACUGCCCACAACACCAACUUCGAGCAAUCCCAUCCGACCGCAAAUGGAUCAGCGCCGCAUCUCUGCUUUGAUUUCGACGCAAGCAGACCGUCUCGAGGUUGGACGUGACAAUUUCCUCUCUGCGGCUGAUAAAGUCUACGAAUCGAUCAACGGUACGCUUGAUAAUUCCCUGCAGUUCCUUUUUGGCAGAUUCAAAGAGCAGCAACAACAGAUCGCGUCUUCCACAGGUAGUCUCGGUGGAAACGGAGAUUUGGGCACUGUCAGAGCUAGUAUUGAUCUACCAAAGACACUCGAAGAUGCAAGGAGAUUGGUCAGUUCGCCUGGUCUCGGCACGCUUGAAGAUGAGAUUGAAGGUGGAGAUGGUCUCAGCAUUGGCAGUGCGAGGAGCGGGAGAAGCAGUCCUCUCGAUCCUCUUGGCGCAGGCGCAGGCAGAGGACCGAGUGAGAACAAGAUGCUGGAACUUCUCGGUGGUCGUGGUGCGGGCAGGCUGAGAGAUCGUAGUGCCGAUAGCUCUCGCUCUGACGCCCAGUCCGUUGGAAGCAGCAUUAGCCGAAGAGUUACGUGGGAUGCACAGUCCAAAACCAACACUCCUGCGACAGCAAAGGAUGCUGGAGGUGUUGUCAAGGAUGGAGCAAACUUUGUCGCCAACACGAUCAACUCUAUCAAUCCGCUAAACCGAUUCGGGAUGCCUGCCUUCCCACGAUUUGGACGAACCGGUAGCAAUGUGCCAGCUCCCUCGGGCUUAACUGGGAAGGACGGGAAAGCCAUGGCUGAAAGUUCCACAAGUUUAGCUACGCACGAUGCACUAGGGCGAUCGAGAAACCGAGAUACUACGAAUGCGGAGGGCCCGAAAGCUCGUACGCCUGAAGUGUUGUCACGCGCAGAGGAGAAACGUGAUGACGAUGAUGAGCUCAACGCGAGAGAGACUUUAGCACAAUUGAAAAAAUGCAAGCCUCCGCGGAAGAGAUUCUUGGAGGUCAAUAGUGCGAGCGAGUUGAAGUUGGGUGAGGUGGAAGAUCUGCUGGCGGAGUACAAACGCUUGGCAAAGGUUUUGGGCGAGGCUUUUGCGCAGAGUAGUUGA